AGCGAAAACAUCCUUGUACGAUUUACGUCAAACGCAAAGGAUACGGCUCACAUUUUCACAGGCGGCGCGGCGUCCCAAGGACAGUGUAGAGCACCAGCAGCAUGUUCCAAGUGUUUUAGCCUGCACGGUGCGUUUGAUUACGCACAAGUAAGAGGUGGUUCCGCGUACUGAAAGCCCGCGUGUAGUUUGGUGUUGUUGGAACAGUUCCUACAUCCUUUGCAAACGGUCAAAAACGGAGAAACAGCGAUUUGGAUACGGCAAUCGAUACAGGCGCAAUGCCGUUCUAGUGCGGGGUGCGACCCUUUUUUUGUUUGUUUGCUGCUGUGAAGGAAUUUCGACCCCGGGACCAGCUUUGGAGGCGUUCAAUAAUGUUCGGUAAUCGAUUUUAACGAAGGGGCUAACUUAAGAAAGAGCACACAUUGGGAGAACAAGAAAAAAUGCCCGACCCUGAGUGCCACAUACGAUUCGAUAACAACCCGUACGGAGUGUAUCUUGCCGGCCAAACGCUAGCCGGUCAGGUCGAGCUCCGCCUUACCGAGAUUCUUAGCGUAAUUGGUAUAAGCUUGCGGCUGGAUGGACUCACCGAGAUAGAAUGGUCCGAAUUCAUCGAAUCGGCCACCGGGCAGCCGGGUGGGCGGAAGACGACGCGCUACCACGGCCAGCAAACGCUGCUCAACUCUACCAGCUUCCUGUGCGGCUCCACCGUAGGGCCCGUGCGGGACCUUGCCAUCGGAACACAUACGUAUCACUUCUCCUGCGAACUGCCUGCCCACCUACCGACCUCGUUCGAGGGUUACCAUGCGCGCAUCCGCUACACAGCCAAGGUGUCCCUGCACCGGACGAAGGCUCGCACCGAUCCAAUCGGACAGACCAGCUUCACCGUGCUGCGGCACCUGAACCUGAACGAGCACGGUGAGGUGCUCGUACUACCGACCAAGAGCGAACUGACGAAGGUGUUCUGCUGCGGACCGUGCUCCUCCGAACCUCUAUACAUAUCGGCCCAGAUAGCCCGGACCGGGUACAUACCGGGCCAAACGAUUGUGAUGAAGAUAGACGCCGUCAACCGGAGCCGUACGACGGUGACCGAAUUCCGGGUGAAGUUGGUGCAGAAGCUUUGCUACACCAGCCAGCAGCCCACGGUGGAAACGCGCUCGGACGCGCUGGUGGUGGCCGAAUCGCGCUGUUCCGGCGUUACCUCCGGUGAGGUGGUCAAGCACCAGCAGAACCUACUCAUCCCGGCCCUGCCACCGACCUACACGGAUGGAUCGCCCGUCUUCAGCAUAACGUACGAGCUGGAGAUAGAGGCACGAGUGACGGGGCCAAACAUUAGCCCAAGGCUUGCCAUGCCCAUCACGAUCGGUACGAUCGCGCUCGAAACGUCCGUUCCGCUGAGGGAUAAGCUGAAACCACUGGCUAAACCACCGUGGGAUCCGUUCAGUUCGCAGCACUACACGGACAUCAUCGGUACGCGAAUACCGGUCGGCAACAUUGCUCGCCGAUCGCAGGCCGGUAUGGAGCAGCAGGAGCUGCCGAACAACAAUUCGAACAACGUGCGUCUUCACUACAUUGUGCACCGGAAAGCGGACUUUCCACGACCCGAGCCGGACGAGAGCUGAAGAGGCGUGCGAGCCUCGGAGAAGUUGUUGUUGAUUUCAAGUUGCUUGCUAUUUACACUGAAUUAGGGGUAUCGAUCGAACGGUUUUUGCGAUUUAGUUUUUGAAAUUUUAAAACAAGUACAAAGCCAGAACUAACAAACAAAAAAAAGCGCACAUGACAUGCCAUGCCAAUUGCACACUGCCUCUCGCCGCUUUUGGCAUGCCUAAAUAUGCUUACAACUAACUAACUAACCUACCGACAAGGAAAGGAUAUACAAAACCACUCACGCACGCACGCAUAAUCAGCUGUAUUGCUUGCCGUCGUAUGUGAUGCACCAAUCUCAGCCUCUAAGUGUACAUGUGCUUUUUUGCCCCAGGUGUGUCCAGGUUUUGUAAAACAAACACACAUUCAAUUACAAAACGCGCUGCCGGGUUUUUCGGGUUUAAAGGUGUGAACAAACAAACAAACGAAUAUGUGCGCCUACAUUAUUGUCAAACGAACCUCAGCGAAAGCGAAAAACCUCCGCUAAACUACUACCUCAAGUGCCAUUGAGAUUUGUUGCAAAAUAUACAUACUUACGUCGAACAGUGCUGCUGCUACUAACUAA